CAAUUUUCCAGGCUUAAUAGAAAUUUACCUAUUGCAGUUUGAAUCUGAUUACUGUAUCAUUUUGUCUGUAUAAAAUUCUCUCUUUUGCAUUGAAACGAAAACAAUUUCUGGAUCUAAUUCGUUACGCCAAGAAACAUUUUUGGAAUAUAAAGUACAAAGGAUAUGGCGAGAUUAUCAUGAAUGAAAACAUGCAGCGAUUGGCUAGAAUCGUUUCUUUUGCUAUUUUCAUGUGUCAUUUGACGAUAUGUAUUCAUUACGUAAGGCCCUUACUAGUGAAUCGAGGAAGAAAUAAGAGUGACAGAGAAUUUCCCUUCAGAUUGUAUUCUAAUUUGCCAAUUAAAUUGUCGCCCUGGUACGAGAUUUUAUACAUCGCACAGGUGUUCUCAACGUGGCCCUGUGGCUACACAUACUUUUGCUUCGAUAAUUUUUUAUGUUUAAUGAACAUUACAGCUACUGCACAAUUUGUUAUACUCCAGAAAGAGUUGAGAGAAAUUUGUGAUGACGUGAGUGAAUACGAUAAGUCGAAUGAACAUUUGAUUCGGUCACGGUUUACUAGAUGCAUUAGUAGACAUCAAAAGCUGAUAGCUUUCGUUGAGGACAUCAAAGAACUUUAUCGAAGUGUGAUGGUUGGAGUGGUUAUUCUUCUCAGUUUCUUAAUCUGCCUGGAAAUGUUUCAGCUCAUGACCGUAAGAUCAUCAUUUACUAAAUUCUAUUCAAUAAUUCACGAAAUGUGACGCUGCACUGUUGGAAAUUCCGUGAAAUCUCAUAGUCAUCUGAAUUUCGGAUUAUACCUCUCCAUAUCACGGCACAAUUCGUUACACCAUCUUAUCAUGACGCAAUUCCUUAUCGGUUCGUAUUACAGCAAAAAUUUGUCAGGACAUAA